GGGGGAGAAAACCAGGGCAGGCCAGAGAGCGUCUUGGGACCGCGGUAGUUAUUUCCGAGGGGGGGGUGUUUGGGGAGGUUGAGGGUGUUUAGGCUGCAGGGGGUGCCAGGGAGGUUGUUUUUGGCCAUGCAGCGAGCGUGGGACCGGACCGGCGGCGCGGAGAGUGUCGAGAGGGGCCGCGGCAAAACGUCGGGGACGGGACAAAGUGGCGGACACGGGCCCGAGGCAACAGGUGAACCCCUCCAGAGUGCGGUGCCUUUGGACGGCGGCGAUAAGAAGUACCUGCAGGGAGGCGCAGGCAGUGUGCAGGCGGGCCCUCAGCAGCAGAACCAGCAGCUCCUCCUGACCCCGGCCAGCCUCCAGCUGGCUCAGCUCCAGGCCCAGCUCACCCUCCAUCGCCUGAAAGUGGCUCAGGGCGGCAAUUCAGCCGCCGCCGCCGCCAUCCUCAACCAGGUUCUCUCCAAUGUCGCCAUGUCCCAACCCCUGUUCAAUCAACUACGGACCUCUAUGGUUGGAAGCCCUCAGGGAGCCUUCCCCACGGGGCUGCUUGGUUUUUCCUCUUCAAAUUCGGCGUUGGGCGCCCUGGUUGGGGGGGGAUUCAACCAAAACCCGGGGUCAAGUAAUGUGAGAUCGAACCACCCGGGCGGUGGGGGGACAGCGGGCCACCACGAGUACGGCAAGACCUCUGCGUCCACCUACCCUUCUGAUACCGACAGGCGUCUUCAGUACAGCACAGCCGGGGGCACGUCUGGAGCGCCGGCCACAGCUGGCGAAGGACAGUACGCCGCCAACCACAUGAGCACUGUUGGCUUCCAGAGAGAUUUCUACGGGCGCGACGUGCCGGGACAACCGGCCGGGUUCGGCGCCAGCGAGCAGAACGCGAAUGUUUACAACGCCGCUGGGCAUCCGGAGCAGUGGAAAAGCCCGGCUAACUUGGGUCGCACUGGAGGGGCGGACAGGGCUCCUAGUGCUGCGUGGACGUCGGCCGGGCAGCCGAUUCGAUCCAGGACGGAACUGUACAACCCAGAGGAGCCGACCCCUGACCCCAAGUUCAACCCCAGCAGCGCGGUUUCCUCUUUUGCUUCAAGUGGCUCGCAGGUGUUCGGGGGCUACCAGCCCCUGCACGGAAGCGAGGACGCCGUGUCUCCGUGUACCAGGACGCUUCAGUCCUACCAAGUUAACGAUUACCAUGCUGUCACACCCUCCCUACUGCCCCACCAGUGUAGCAUCUGCGACAAAAAGGUCUACAACCUCAAGGACUGGGACCAGCAUGUGAAGGGAAAACUGCACCUGCAGAACUGCACCUUGUACACAAACGAAAGCUCGGCGGCGGUUUCGGCUGGAGCUGUUCACUACUCUGUCGGGAGGUCUUCUGAUGGAGGUCUGAACCCGGUGGGGACGAACUCCAUGGUCUACUCUGCUGCGAGCCAAGAUGUAUCUACAGGAGCCAGUGCAUCGUACUUGCCAGUUGCAGCCAUGAAGACUUAUCCCACGGCAGACACAGGAUUCCUCUCACACCAGCCGGAGACACAGCCAUUUCCACCCAGAACGGCCACAGCUGGACGAGUCGUUCACAUCUGUAACCUCCCUGAGGGCAGCUGCACAGAGAAUGAUGUCAUCAACCUGGGACUACCCUUUGGCAAAGUCACCAACUACAUCCUCAUGCGCUCUACUCACCAGGCAUUCCUGGAAAUGGCAUAUGUUGAAGCAGCUCAGGCCAUGGUUCAAUACUACCAACUUACUCCCGCUACGAUCAACAAUCAGAAACUUCUCAUACGAAUGUCCAAGAGGUACAAGGAGCUGCAACUCAAGAAACCAGGUAAAGAUCUUCAGUCUAUCAUCCAGGAUAUCACCUCUCAGCGGGAUAGGGAUGAGAUGCAAGAACCCUACAUGCCGGAGAGGGCGCGCUCCCGCAGCCCGAUCAGCCGCUCUCUGAGCCCUCAUUCCCACAGCCCCAGUUUUACGUCAUGCUGCUCCGCCCACAGCCCCCAGGGAGCACCGUGCAGGGGCCCGGAGAGAAACAGCAACGGGAUGGGCCCCCGUCGGGGCUCUUGGGAUUGGUCAUCACACUUGAGAAGGGGUGAGGACGAAAGGGAGCGAGAUGACCCAUGGAGGAACGGGGGAAGUGUGGAUGACAAUCGGCAAAAUGGACGUUCUGCUGACCGCCGGAAGGCUUACCAGAAACCCUCGGAUCACAUCAGCUCGAGAUCUGCAGAUGAGCGAGAGGGAGGAGGAGGAGGAGGAGGAGGAGGCGAAGGGAUGAGGAGCAACAGAGACUGGCCCCCACGAGGCAGCCCUCAAGGCAAGUCCUUCAGCUCUUACAGGAAUAUGGAGGAGGAGUUCUACGCGAAGGAGCAAGUGUACAAGUCAGACAAGCCACCCAGAGCUGCACACCAGAGGCAUGACACCAAGCCAAAGAGGAGGGAUGGUGGCGACCACCACAGUAGGUCGAGGCAUUCCGAGUUCGGGACAACUGAGGAGACCCUUCGCAGAGCGCUAGAAGACAAGAGACAGGGUUCACCAGGAAGAGAAAGGAGCAAAAAGACAAGCAGGAGGUUCGUCACUCCGGAAAAACAUGAGAAAGAAAACACGACUGGAAAUACUGAUCGCAAGUCAAAAGAAAAAUCAGUUUCACCUCAGCAAAGCAUUAUGCCAAAAGAGUCCACUCAAUGUGGCAAAGACAGAAACACUGUGAAGGAGGCAGUAAGUGGAGAUGACACUGAUGAAGAGUGUUGGUUUCCCAAGAACAUGGAGGAACUGGUCACUGUAGAUGAAGUGGGAGGAGAAGAUGAUUCCAUAAUUGAGCCAGACCUUCCAGAGCUGGAAGAGUAUGUAUCCUGCUCCAAAGAGUCUGCAGAGGAAGAAGCAGUGGAGGAGCAGAUACUACCACCUAACUCCACCUGCUGUGAGGUGCAGGAGACAACUAAUGAACAGUCUGAUCAGGAGAAGUUCUGUGAGGAUGCCGGGGAGCCGGCAGGAACAUCAAUAAAUGAGGAAGCAAUGCGUGCUUUACCUGCAGCCGGCAUUGAAGAGCAGCCACUCGGUCCAGUGACUCCUGAGCUGCCAAACACCAACCUUAUUGACUUCCCCAGUGAGGAGUUCAAGGCUGCCCUCGAGCAUGUGUGUUUAGAAGAUAAAGCAACCAAAAGUGAGCCGGCAGAGGAGCCGAUGGAAAAUCACAUUUGCGUAUCAGAAGAUAGCAAAACCCCAGAAAUAAGACAGGUCUCAGAGACAAUCAAUAAUGGGGUUCAACACAAGGAUGGCCAUCACCAAAAAGAGGCUGAGGCCCCCUCGCCAUCCCGUGAGCAGGAAAAAGCUGUCAGUGAACACAGCAUCCCUUUGGGAGUGGAGUUCAUUGUGCCAAAAACCGGAUUCUUCUGUAAACUGUGCGGACUUUUCUACAACAGUGAGGAGACGGCAAAGACCACUCACUGCCGCAGCACUGUGCACUACAGGAACCUACAGAAAUACCUGUCCCAGCUGGAGGAGGGGAGUCUGUCGGGGGUUAUGGCUGAAACAGCUGCACACUGACAUCCGCUUGACUUCUCACGUCUUGGACAGCGAGGAGCAGAGGGAAGAUUUGUGCUGCUGGUAAACAGCUUAAGGACAACUGCAGCAUCAAUAAUGUGACACAUGCAAGCUACAGUAGGAGGACAAUUGCACUGGUUUUGAUAUUUUGGAAGAAGGUAUUUCUGGGGCUUUUUAUUGGCACUGACAACCACAAAUAUCUCAAUUCUGUAAAUACCUGGGGCUACAAUAUUCAAUUAAAUUUUUUUGGUUAACCAAUAUUCUUACAGAUUAUUUUAUUGAAUUGUGUGUGAUGAAAUGUAUUUUUCAUUUUCUGGAAUGAAAAUACAUUUUAAAAGAUGUCUAAUUUCUGAAAUGACCCAUUGUUACAGUAUUAGUUUAUGUUGCAAAAUGACUUAAAAUGUUUUGACAGUUAGAAACAUGAUUCUCAGGUUUGUUGUGUGUUUAAUGGAUGUACAAUACACAAUAUUACAUAUUUAUUUAAAUUAGGGGAUUAAAAGGCUGUUGCUGUUUUUCUGUCAUCCUUUGAGCAUAUCAUUUGGAUUGAUAAUAAUUUAACUCCGCAAGAGAUAUUUAUCUAAUGAAGUUUCAUGUUAGAGUCAUAAAGUCAUACAGCAAUCCCAGUCAUUUCUGCCAACAAAUAUAAUGACUUAAAUAUAGAAGACCUCAAACUGGACCAUUUGUUUAAUUUAUCAGCUGAACAUUUCAUGAGCCAAUGAUUUAUUCGUAGGAAUUAUCAAGCCAAAUUCUGUUUUUGUAUACUGUGAAUACUGAUCCUUUGACAUCAAUGAUAGUGUUGUUUUCUUUGACAGGCUUUUCUUAUGAUUUCUUAUGCCAAAAAACGUAAAUAAACAUUCUAAACUGUA